UAACAUUCGAUUUAAAAUUAUUUAGUUUAAUAUUCUAAGCUAAUAUACUACUUUUAAGAAAUGAGUAAUAUUCAAAAGAAAAAAAAUGGAUUUAUUCUAUGCACUCAAAUUAUUGAUAACCCUAUCCAAUUAAAGUCGAAAAAACAAAUCAAUGAAAAAAAAAAAGUCCGGAUAGCAAUUGAUAAUAAACUUGGUCCUGUAAGACACACACAGCAGAUUCAAGCAAAUACGCACAAAUAUAUUUUAGAAAUGGGUUCAGUACUGGAAGACAAGUAUUUUGAACCCAAACAUCAACAAUUUAACCAAAUAUUUAAGCGGAAAACAGAUAUUAUAAUGGAAAAAAUUAAUUACCAACUCGAGAAAGAUACAGAGUUUAUACGAUCUGAAUACAAUAAGAAACUGUUAGAGGUUACCAAAGAUCAUAUGAAUAAGUUUAACGAAGCUAUAUCGGCUAUUACAAAGGACUUAACUAAUAAAUGUGAGGUAAAACAAGAAGAAUAUAAAAUCGAUGCUAAGAAUAAGAUGUUUAGAAGUAUUGAAAAAUCAUUAAAAUUAAGGGAAAAUUUUAUAAAACAGGAAUUCGGAUAUUUUAAAGAACAAAAUCUAGCGGAUUUCAAAGACUACUAUCGACGACUGAUUUUGUUUUAUCGUUUGAAUUUCGAAAAAAGACUAGCUGACAUGGAAAAAAAACAUAAUACAAAAUACGAAACGAUGAAACAAUCAUUUGUACAUCAGUAUAAAAAAAAAAUCGAUUUAGAGAAAAAGAAAUUAGAAGAAAAAUUAUUGUUAGAAAAACUAAACUUAUUAUCUGUUUCUGAGGUAGAAAAAGUUUCAGAAUCGGAACCAUUCUAAAAGAAAAUAUCAAAAAUAAUUUUAAAUGUUAAAUGAGAAAACAAAUAUUUUAAAUUUUGUACUUAAAAAUAAAAACAUUGAUCAACAUUAAUUGAAUUUAAUGACUUAAUCAGAAAAAACGUAGUAAACAAAAACAAGAUGCUUUAAACAUUUUAUGGAGGUUAAAUAUUAUAAGGAUAGAUCCAAGAUGAAGAAUCCUCUUAAAUUGAAUUUAAAAUAAUAAAAGACA